GUCUCUGAAUUUUAGCUCCGGCCGGGAAUCUACCAUUGUUAUGACCAAACCAAACCAACAUGUUAUCUUCCUACUAACGUCCAAUGCGCGCACACGUGAUGAUGCAUGGCAACACGAUGGAUCAAAGCUAAGCCGAGAGCGAGAGAGACCAUUCAAUAAACCCUUGCAAUGCAUCAUGCAUUUAGGUAGCAUGCGGUUAAUUAGGAGCUUGCAGCAUCUUAAUAAUGGUAGCAAGGCAAGAAGCUUGGCUAAGCUAGGCCAGGCCAAGGGUCCCUCCCUCCUUCUCUCUGCUCCCAACCACACCUUCUCCAUUCUUCAACUCUAGCUGGCUCGAGCCUACCUAGCUAUCUACCACCGAGCUACGCACCAGUCCUUCCGUCUUCCUCCCCGAUCGCAUGCCGGCCGGCAGCGCCAUGGACAGAUGGAUGGUCUCCUGCUGAGGCCUCUUCUUCUUCUUGUUGUUCUUGUUGUUGUUGUUGUGUCGGGGUAAUUAAUCAACCAUAAGCGCGGGAUGGAGAGGCAGAGGGUGGUGGUGGUGGUGGAGGACGCGCCGGCGUCGCGCGCGGCGCUGGAGUGGGCGGUGCGCAACUUCAUCCGGGCCGGGGACUCCAUCGCGCUGCUGCACGUGUGCGCGCCGGCCCGGUCCAGGCGCCGGCGCCGGCGCCUCCGGCUGCGGGGCUUCCAGCUCGCGCUCGCCUUCAGGGACCUCUGCGACGGCGUCGCCGAGGCCAUGGUGGAGAUCGUGGUGCGGGAGGGGGAGCUCGGGGACACGGUGGCGGCCGCCGUCGGCCAGCUCCGGGCGUCCACGCUCGUCGUCGGCCUCCACGACAAGAGCUUCCUCUACGGGUCGCCGAGCCCGUACGCCGGAGUGAGAGGGCUGGGGUGCCGGGUGCUGGCCGUCCGGCAGGACGCGACGGCGCGGCGCGGGGCCGUGGAGGCGGAGCUCACCCAGGUGGAGACCAUACGGCUGCACCUCCCGCCGCCCAAGAUCCCGUUCCCCAUCUUCGCGCUGCCGCUGGGCGUGAUCUGGAGGCGAUCAUCGUCAUCAUCAAAGAGGAGGAAAUGAAAUGGACGGCAGCAUCUCUGGACCUGCGAGUUCAUCCCUCCAACCCUACUCUGCUUUGCUAGCCUUGUACAUACAGACAGACAGAAACAUCUUUCUUUCUUUCUUUCAUAGUGGUUUGAUAUCACAAGAAUGUAGUAAUCGACUGACAGACACGCCAACACAUCAACAGAAACACGGCUGGGCAUGGUAUCUUCUCUGCCCUGAAA